CUCCACCAACUCCAUCAUAUAUUGGAGUGUAAGCUUAGGAUUAUUAUCAUUUGUUUCGUGGAGAGAUUUAUAUUUACUUCUCCCACAACUCAAAUCUUCAUUCUUCCAAAUAUUUUUUCCAUAUAAUAUCAUGCUUGGCAAGAGAACCAAUCCAAUGAUCGGAAGAUUAUCAGAAUUAUUAGUUUCCGGCAACCGUGCUGCCGGCUUCUUGGAUGUUGCCACUGCUCCAAGUCCGCGGAGCCCAUUAGACUACAGAAUUCAAUCACCAAGAGGUCUGAAGAAUUACGAUCUUGGUGGGGUUGGAUUAGGUAUAGUUGCUGCCCUCGAGAAGUCUACCUACAGCAGUUCUGAUGGUACCAGCAGUGGGCAUGAAAUUUUGGCGAAGUAUGCAAUACUUUGUAGUUCUAAUAACACGACUAGGUCAGAUCCUAUUCCUGUCAAGAUUGGUCUUAGUCUGCAUAAAGAAAUGUUGGAGAUUGAUAGCUUGGACGAUUAUACAUAUGUAACAACCCAUGGACCUGAUAAUAAGUCAAUGACAAAGGUUUAUUACGAUCAUGGCCAAAAAGGGCAUCGCAGAAUUGGCUUUGAUUCAACGACUGAUAAUAGUUUUGGUGUUGUUUCUGUGAUUAAAGAAACACCGGCCCCAGCAAGAUUUGUCGAUGAGGUUGCCUAUCCUACUUCAGAUUUUCUCAGUUCUUGUCACUUGUGCAAGAAAAAGCUCCACGGCAAAGACAUAUACAUGUACAGAGGAGAGAAAGCAUUCUGCAGCGCAGAGUGUAGAUCAAGGCAGAUAAUGAUAGAUGAGCGAAAAGAACAGUGCAGAUCAGAGGUUCAAAGAUCUGCAGAUGUUUCAAGCUCUCCUUACACAACAAGUCCAAUCUUCUCAGCUGGAAUUCUUGCGAUUUAGCCUUUUUCUUUUUCUUUUUCUUUUUCUCUUUUUAUUAUAAUCUUAUGUUAUGGUGAUAUACAUCAAAACAAGUAUAUAUUCUAGAGCAAUAAUUCAUACACAACAAUUUUCAGCUCAAUAUUCAGAAGAGAAAAAUAAAAGAGAAAAGAGAAAAGAAAAAAAAAAUAGAGCAAUUUUUGUUCUUCGAUCAGAUGUACUAUAUAUAUAUCAAGGAAGAGUAUAUGACUGUAGCAGCAAAAUUGUGAAGUUGAAAAUGAAAAACUGGAUAAGCUUUCUGUGUA